AUGUCGUUUGGAGGCGGCUUCAGUGGCUUCGGCCAGAACAACCAGCAACAGCAAAGCUCUGGCUUUGGCUCCUCAUCCUUUGGGGGAACAAAUACUGGAGGAUUUGGAAGCAACGCAGCCAACACAAACCCCUUUGGUGGCAAUACCGGGGGCAGUGUGUUCGGGAACACAUCGGGAGGCUUUGGCUCUGGCGGAGGCUUUGGUGCCAGCAACACCACCACCCAACCCAACUCCCUUUUCGGUGGCAAUAAACCUUCCGGUUUCGGUGCUACGACCUCAAGUGGCGGUGGUAUCUUCGGUAACAACACGGCCACUUCAGGUGGAUUUGGAGGAGGAGCAGCAGGAGGUGGAGGAGGCUUCGGUUCUACUGGAACGACGGGUGGCUUCGGCAGUACUGCCGCCACAGGUACCAAUGCUUUCGGCGCAAACAAGCCCGGUGGCUUUGGUACCACUACGAACACCACUGGCACAGGAGGUUUCGGUAGCGGUGGAGGUUUCGGUUCGACUGGCGCCGGUGCUACCACUGGCACUGGUUUUGGAAGCAGUACUGGAACGGCUUUCAGCGGUCAAAUUCCACCUCCAGAUGGAACCGCCAAUACUCCCUUCAACCCCGUAACCGAGAAAGACCCGUCUAGCAACACGAACAAUGUAUACCAGAGCAUUUCCUACAUGCAGCCGUACAGUCGUUAUUCCUUUGAAGAACUUCGCGUUGCAGAUUACCAAGGUGGACGCCGCUAUGCAAAUGCCAGCGGACAGCCAGGUGCCUUUGGCUCGUCUGCCUUUGGCUCUGGAUUUGGUGCGCAGCAGAAUACAGGAUUUGGAUCUGGUGCUGCUGCUGCUCCGGCUGCUGGUGGAUUUGGUGCUGCGACAAGUGCGCCUGCUUUCGGUGGUGCCGCUCCAACCCAAACUGCCACAGGUUUUGGCUCUGGUACCACAGGGACUGGCUCACUAUUUGGGGCAGCUAAACCGGCUACAUCUCUAUUCGGAAGCGCUGCCAACAACGCCGCCUCCACCCAGUCCAGUCUUUUUGGCGGAAAUACGGCUACCGCGGGUGGCUUUGGGCAGACUGCCAAUACUGGGACUGGAUUCGGGGCCACUGGUGGCUCGGUUUUCGGCAACAAUCAACAAGCGCAACAACAACCGCAGCAGACCAAGAGUUUGUUUGGUGGUGGCAGUGCCACCACCGGCUUUGGUACUGGUGGUGGAUUCGGAGCAAACACAACUACAACUCCCAGUAACCCAUUUGGAGGCAACACCACUUCAGCCUUUGGUAAUCAACAACAACCGGCUGGAACAGGUACUUCGGCAUUCGGAGGCUUUGGCGCACAACCUCAGAAUCAGUCCCAGGCUAAGCCGGGUGGGCUGUUUGGUGGCGGUACCCAGCAGCAACAGGGCGGUACUGGUCUAUUCGGCAAUGCAACCACAGGUACUUCACUGUUUGGCCAGAGCAACCAGCAGCAACAGCAACAACCACAGCAAGCCGGUGGGUCGCUUUUCGGCGCGCAACCCCAACAAACCGGAACCGGGGUAUUUGGCGGAAAUCAACAACAGGAACAAAAGCCUAGCUUGUUUGGGGGCUUGGGUUCUGGCACGAAUACCAACACUGGGACUGGCUUUGGACUUGGCGGUGCUCAGAAUGCUCAAACUGGUACACCAAGCCUGUUCGGUAACACCCAGGCCCAGUCGCAGCAACAGAAGCCUGGCUCCCUGUUUGGAACUGGUGGCGGGUCUCUUUUCGGUCAAAGCAAUACAAAUCAGAACACGGGUUCCGCAUUCGGAAGCCAGCCACAGCAACAGCAAGCGGGUAGCUUUGGGGCCAGCAGCUUGUUCUCGCAGCAGAAUCAACAACAGCAGCCAGCACAGCAACAACCAGCCCCCGGUAGUUUCCAAGCGUCUCUACUCGAUGGUAAUCCUUAUGGAAACCAAUCUAUCUUUUCUGGUCUCCCAGUUCCAAAUGCUCCGAGCCCUGGCCCACUGGCAACUCCCCUGUCGGCAAGUAUGAAGCAGAAGCAGCGUACCCCUCUUCCAGUCUACAAAAUUACGCCGAAUGCUGCCAACCGCCUCAUAACACCACCUCGACGCCAAGGUUACGGCUUCUCGUAUUCCACCUAUGGCUCUCCUUCGAGCGCUUCCAGCGUUUCCAGCCUUACGGGAAGCCUUCUCGGGAAUAGCGUUCGUGGCGGCAAUAUCAACGGUAGCCUGGGGCGUAGUUUCGGCAAGAGCUUCUCCACCAGCAACCUCCGCAACUCUUUUGAUCCAGACAGUGAAAGUGUCCUGACUCCUGGUGCUAUCACUGGUGGCCAGGCUUCUCGUUAUUCCAGCGGAAGCUUGAAGCGCCUGACAAUUGACCGCAGCUUAAAGAGCGAGCUUUUCACACCCACUGCUCUCAGCGCCACUCCCAUCACAAAUGGAGAAUACGUGCCUCAAUCUACCGAAAAACUCAAGAAACGUGUUAGCUUUGACGCCCCGACAGAUGGGGCUCUUGUGCGUACCGAAACCGAAACCCCGGAAACAACAGCAGAAGAACUUGGGUUUAUAAGAUCUGCUCGCAAACCCGAAGCAACCAAUGGUACGAAUGGGUCUGCAGCACAGCGAAAGCCUGAAAUGGAAGUUCGUGGCAAGGAACUCGCGGUUGUUCCCGAGCAUACUGGUCUGGCCACCACCAAUGGUACCCCAUCGCCGGUCACGACCGACCCUCAGCCGGGCCAAUACUGGAUGAAACCGUCCCGCCUUGAACUGAGCAAGAUGAGCCGCGAGCAACUGAAACACGUUGAAAAUUUCACUGUUGGCCGCCAGAAAUGUGGUCAAGUUACGUUUGGCGAACCAGUUGAUCUCACAAACAUCGACCUUGACAGUAUUCUUGGUGACAUUGUCAAAAUCACUGUGCGAUCUAUCACGGUUUAUGCUGAUGAUGCUUCGAAGCCGCCUCUGGGCAAAGGACUGAACGUGCCGUCGACCUUGCGACUUGAGAAUUCGUGGCCGCGCGGACGUGACAAGAAGGUGUCUUCCUCCAUUAACAGUGGCCCGUUUUACGACAAACACGUGCAGCGCCUGCAGAGGAUUAAAGACACGGAAUUUGUGGGAUUUGAAAGAGACACCGGGGUCUGGAUCUUUCGUGUUCCUCACUUUACCACAUAUGAGCUUGACUAUGAGGACGACGAAGGUGAGAGCUUAAACCAAAGCACACUUAGUGCUGGUCCUGACACUCCGACUCCGAAGGCUCGAUCCCCGGCGACCGAAAAUACCUUUAACUCGGAAAUCAACUCUACCUUUUCUCUCGACGAAUCAUUUGUCGGGUCUAUGGCUGGCGUUGAUGACGAUACUUUUGAUUUCAAGAAACGGAAAAUGGUACCAGGAGCGUUUGGCGACCAAAUGAUGCAAGCCGAGGACGAGGGAGUGAACUCGGCAGGAGAAGAUGGCGAUGGGUCUUUUUUAGAGGAUGGCUCCACGGGUUCAGUUAUUGAACGCGAUGCUGAAGACGAUAUGACUGAAAGCAUUGGCUCAGAAACUGGAUCUAUUGAGGAUGAAGAUAUGGAGAUGGCAGGCUCCUUUCCGAUUCCCCACCAGACCGUGGAGCACGACGACACUGCCCGUACUGGCUUUUCAGCUCUCGACGUUACUUCGGACUCGAUGCGGCUAGGAACUCCAACCAAGCCUCGCCUUGACCUUAGUGGAGACUGGGCCCAGCAACUGCAACGAACCAUCAGCCCUCGAAAACAAGACCGCGAAACUUUGCGAGUGAAGCAGGGCGACGCCUUUGUGGAUAAAAGCCGACUGACCGAGAUCAAACAACAAGCGCAACCAGCCUCGGCCAGCCCAUCCAAAACUUUCACCUCGAGCAUUGAUGUGAUGCAAUCGCUUUUUUCACAACCAAGCAAAUCCCCAGGAAAAAAACAAAAAGGAAAAUUAAAAGCUUUUGAGUUGCCACACUCGAAGACGCCCAAAACAUUUGCAAGCAGCUCUAACGAGCUAUCUGCUAGCGAUGACGCUUUCCACCAAACCUACAAACCUCGAUGGGGGCCAAGGGAUUCUCUAGUCGAGAUUAAUGACAACAAUGGCGAUUUGCAACAACCCUCAAGUGAAUUCUGGUUGCCAACCGCCUCUUUUAAUGGCGUCAACAUUCGUCCAUUCAAGGGAGUACCUGAGUCCGUAAAUAUUCUGGAGUCUCAGCGACGCCAAUCUUCUAUUCGGGAAGUCGAUGGCAUCCCAUAUGCCCGUAAUGAGAAAACCGACUUCCAAUCAUUUACUCAGUCGUCGACCGGGGCCUCUCUCCAGGCUGGCUAUGAGCGAUUCAUUUGGCAGCUGACCAACAUUCUCUUCAAUGAUGAAAUUGAAGACGACAUCUCUGCUGGAGUUCCGCCACAGCUUCGUAAAAAAUUCCUCCACCGGAUCAAGAAAGAUCGCCUCAGCCGCCUGUGGGAGAGCUUGGUUCGCGAGAAAUACGGGCAGGACUUGGAGGCUAUUGUUGCUCCCGAAGAACGUGCGGUUGCUUUCCUUACUUUCCACCGCGUUGAGGACGCAUGCAAAGCUCUUGUAGAAAGUGGAAAUUUGCAUUUGGCAACCAUGCUUGCACAGAUCGGAAGGGAUAAGACCAGCCGCCUUGAUAUGCAGAGACAAGUUGAGUCUUGGCGUCAGCACAAUGUGUUUUCUGAGAUUAGCGAGCCCAUUCGUACCUUGUAUGAAUUGCUGGCAGGUAACACUCUUCGUUCUGUGGGCCGUCCUUCAGGGGCACCAGAAGACCGAGCUUCCACUUUCACUUUUUCAGAACGCUUCGAGCUCAACUGGGUGCAAGCCUUUGGCCUCCGACUAUGGUACGGCAUCACGGAAGACCAGCCUAUUGAAGCCGCUGUUUCUCUGUUCCUACAUGAUAUUACCGCUGGUGAUGAGCGUGCCUAUCCAGUUCCAUUGCACAUGGAAGCUGAAUACGCAGAGAAGCGUCAGAGCAACCUUACUGGGCUCCAGGAGUCCCCCCUCUGGGUGUUGCUAAAAGUAUAUGCUGCUGCUGCUGCACCAGGUGGCACCAGUGUGUCUGACUUGAGUGUCAACUUGCCUGAAGCGAUAUUGCCUGAGGCAGUGUCUGGUAGCUGUUUAUCUAGUCGCUUAUCUUUCCAGCUGCACCAGGCAAUUACCACCACAGUUGGAUAUAAUGAGCACAUCGUUAUCAAUAAAGCCCGUGCCGACCAACUGACUUGGAACUAUGCGUGGGAACUAAUUGCUUCUGGUUCUAUGGAGCCCGCCCUCUUCGUUUUACUUCAUCUUUCUCGUGCAACAGACCGGGAGCAUGCUGUUAAAGAAACAUUGGGCCAAUUUGCGGCUACUUUACCCAGACCUACUACAGAGGAUGGCAAAGUCGAUGCUGGAUGGACAUAUCUUGUUAACGAGCUCAGAAUACCCGAGUUGUGGGUGUGGGUGGCAAAGGCACUCUUUGCACGGUACAGUGGCGACUACGCAAAUGAAGUGGGCUAUCUUAUCCGGGCUCGAAACUGGAACGAAGCACACGCUACUUUCUGUCGACUAGUCGGCCCACGAACCGUUAUUGAGCAUGACUGGAAUAUCCUCCGGCAACUGCUCACGGGCUUUGGAGACUCGCCAGAUCAAAAAGUGCGCGGUUGGGGUAGUGGUGGAGCAGUGUAUGAAGACUUCUUGCGCCUGGUGACUGCCCAUGGCCGCCGCGACCAAUCUGUCCUGAAACGUCUGAUCGGAUCUCUGGUCAUCAUGGGCGAGAAAAUCAAGCAGACACCCGGUGCAGAAGUGUUGGAGGAGCGGGUUGCAUUUAUGGAGAUGAGCAAGGUUGUAGCUGGCUGGUGUGCGCGAGAUGAAGAUGGUGUCGAGCUCUCCGCUAUUCUCAAACUUCCUCUUACUGGGGACGCCAGACUGAUGCAUACCGCUGAAAUCAGUCGUCGAUACUACAGCAUGGUCAUGGCCAGUGCUCAUUGA